AUGCUCCGUUCUUUCGGAACCAAUCGUCCACCAACCCCUCUUUGGCCAGAGGUCCUCGAGAAAGACAUUCAGAUUCCGUUGAGAGAUGGGUCAUCCAAUCGGGCUCGUGUCUACAGCCCUUCGAGCUCUUCGACUAUUGGAAAGCCUCUUGCUGUAUUCGCGUUCGGUGGUGGUUAUAUUACGGGAAGCCUCGAGACCGAGGAGGAGGAUUGUAGGACUUGGGUGAAAAAAUGUGGUGGAGUUGCCGUUAGUAUUGGGUAUCGACUUGCACCUGAGCAUGCGUGGCCGGGACCACAUGAGGAUAUGUAUGAUGCGGUGAAAUGGAUUGCAAGUAACUACAAGGACCUCGACGCGGAUCCCUCCAAAGCGUUCGUCCUGGGCGGAACCUCUUCCGGUGGAACAACAAUGAUGGCCAUUACUCACCUCUGGCGCGACGAAAACCACAUCCCUCCUGUAACCGGUCUCUUUGUCUCGAUCCCGAUGUCAUACCACACCCCUUCUGCUCUUCCCGAGAAGUACAGCCAACGAGACAUAUCCUACGAACAGAAUAAAGAUGCACCGGUUUUCAAUGAAAUUACAGGAAACUUCAUUGACAGCUUCGUCAAGCCAGAUCCCCGCGAUCCACUUCGAUGCCCAUUACUUUGGCCGACCGGACACAACAAUCUCCCGCCAAUGUACAUGGCCGUUGCGGAGGCAUUGAGGGAGGAAGGCGGCGUGAAGACCAAGCUCGAUAUCUUUGGUGGGUUGAUCCAUUCGUUUUGGGGUGUGUUUCCGGCUGCGGAGUUUUCGAGGGAGUAUAGGGGGAAGGCUGAGGAGGGCCUGGAGUGGUUGGUUGAGCAGUCGAAGUUGAACGAGUGA